GUUUGUGCAUGGAUACAAUGUAAACAACCCGAGACAUUGAACGCGUAGAUAUCGUGGCAAAGGUCCAAGAUACAGAAAGUAUGUUUUAUGCCUUUGGACCGGGGCACAAAAAUGUCAUCCAGGUACAGAUCUGCCCAGAAGGUCAAAUCUCAAAGCCUCACUACUAAGACAGAAUUCGACCUGCCAACAAAAAGUAUAUCAAACACAAAUCAACAGAAGAGAUUACGUCCCAAAACCGUUCCCACCAGACCGCAGAAAGAGAGUGUGAAACCGAUUUCUCUGUCAGUGACGGCAAAAAUUAAAAGCGGUAGCGCGGGACAAGGCUCUUCUGAAAAGAAGGACGAUCGAAGCGAAAAUGGUGCCACAAAUCGUAAAAGUUUAAGCAAUUCUUUAACGCAGAAAACAGUUAAUGGCAGCAAGAACAGCGAAGGAGAGAAAUCAGAGGCCGGUGUGAACACCGGAACGUUAAGUCAACCGGACCCCAAUGUUGGCAGGACAAACGGCAAAGAAGACAAACCAGAUACUGGUGUGAAUAUCAGAAGGUUAAGUCAACCGGAACCCAAUGUUGGCAGGACAAACGACAAAGAAGACAAACCAAAUACUGGUGUGAACACCGGAACGUUAAGUCAACCGGAAUCAACUGUUAGCAGAAAAAUCGACAAAGAAGACAAACAAACGGCUGGUGUGAACACUGGAACGUUAGUUCAACGUGAACCCAAUGUUGGCAGGACAACCGGCAAAGAAGAGAAACCAAAGGCUAGUGUGAAUACGGGAACGUUAAGUCAACCGGACCCCAAUGUUGGCAGGACAAACGGCAAAGAAGACAAACCAAAUACUGGUGUGAAUAUCAGAAGGUUAAGUCAACCGGAACCCAAUGUUGGCAGGACAAACGACAAAGAAGAGAAAACAGAGGCUGGUGUGAAUACCGGAACCUUCAGUCAACGUGAACCCAAUGUUGACAGGACAAAUGGCAGGGAAACAGAGCAAUGUGUGAAUACCGGAACGUUAAGUCAACCGGAACCAAAUGUUGGCACCCGGAAUUCCUUAAGUUCUCAUGAGAUCUCCGAGAAUGAUCCAAUAAGAGAAACAGAAAACGGAAAAGACAAUUACGUGGAACAUGUCAACACAGAGUCUCUUGAAAAUGGUUCAUAUUCCAUCGGCCAUACACUAGUCACAAUUAACGAAAACGGAAAUCAAAAUGGUGAAGAUAUUUCAGAAGAACAACUCGAUGCAAGCGUAUUCGAUGGGGUUGGUCGAUUUUUCAUGUGUUCUGUAGACUCUGACGUCACAACUCCGUGGAUAGGUGGAAUGGCGUACGUCGAAAGUGGUGAUAUCAUUUGUUUAGAUCUAAACAAUGAGUGUAUCAAACGAUUCGACAAAAAUUUCAAGAUGGUGUCAAGCAUUGAGGUCCCGUUUGACUGUUAUGGAAUGACUAUUACAUCACAUGAUGAGAUUGCAGUCACGUGCCUUAAUGAAAUUCAUUUUUACAACGUUGGAAAAUUUGGAAUGAAUAGAACUGCAAAAUAUUUUACUGUGAAUGGAAUGGCACACGGCAUUGCAUCUGAUCAAAGCUGGUUUGCCGUGACAUGUGAUAUUUCAGAACCAGAAGAUAGCACGAUUCGAAUUAUCGAUGAAAACGGAAGUGAACAAUUCGUAAUCUAUCCACCUGUUGUGUCAGAACUUCCAUUAAAACUCUCAUCUUUCAUUGAGCUUGACAAAUCAUUAGGUCGGGUUUUUAUCUCAGAAUCAGCACCGAGCAGGGUUGUCUGUGUUAACUUUCAAGGAGAGGCAUUAUGGGAUACUUCCAUUCCCGGAGGGUCACGUGGCAUAGUCUCCAUUGGCACCAAUAUCUUAGUGUGCGACCAGUUCAGUGAAAAAAUUCGUUUACUGACAAAAGACGGCGCGUUGAAGGCACCAAUGUUAUCGUCUGAAGACGGACUCUGUAACCCUGACAUCAUCGCUCGCAGACCUGAUUCUAAUGAAGUCGUAGUAUCCUAUGGUGGAUUUGGAACCAUUGGAUUGUUUUCCAUACACUAACUUGUUUUGUUAAGGUUGAUGGGGUUCGCAUGCAAAUGAUUGGUAGAUUUUAGAUAGUUAGUGAUUACAGAGUUAUAUUUAUUUAAAAUAUGUAUUUACGUAGGAAAUUAGGUGUAUUAGGGAAAUGUUUCGAAAUUGUUUUGUGGGAACGUGUAAUGUAAGAACAUCUUCUUUGUCCUUUGUUUUACAAUGGAUAAGAUUGCAUUUUAACUUGUAAGAGAAAAUCGAACACACUCCGUGUGUUCCCGUUGUGAAGGACUGCUUUAACUCAAACAGAAAGAUCAU